AUGGGUAACCAGGCGUCCCAUACCCGCUACCUCGCCCUUGGCUCCUUCGUCGUCAAUUUUGGCGUGCAGAGCUACGGCAUGCUCACGUCUCCCAACAUGAAGGACGUAGCGGAUGCGAACCACUAUGCGUUCUCCCCUAACCCAUGGUUCAUCGCUGCCUUCUUCUCCGGGCAGGUAGUGCUCCAGGUGGCCUGGAUUCGCAAACUCUUCAAGCUCGACCAGUCCGGAUAUCAGCAGAUUGGGGCGUCCUCGGAAGAUACAAAUGUGACUGCAGACGAGGUACAGACUGCUGUGUCAUAUGUGCCCAUAUAUGCGCUCGGAAACCUCUGCAUUGCCGGAUGGCUCCUAUUCUGGCUGCGUGGCGAAUUCACUGGUUCGCAGGUGCUCGUUACGAUCAACACCCUCAUGCAGUUGUUUGCCGUGGCGCGUCUCCCGCCUCUCACGUCUACCAGUAGCAGCCUCAUGCUACUUACCCAUAUGGUCGCGAAGACGUUCGCCGGGAUCGGUGUGCUGGACUUCAUUGACAACGGCGGUGUCGUAAUGGGUUACCGUGCACCCCCAUCUGCACUUGUUGCAGGGCUGACCUACGGCCUUUUCCCUCUUGCAACUGCAGUCUCCACGCCGUUCUUCGGCUCCAUCCUUCUGUACGACGUUCUUGGUAUCAUGGUUGGACAGCGGGGUGUCCUUGGAGCCGGCCGUUGGACCACGGGCUUGGGUUGGACUGCUGUCGCAAUGGGCGGUAUCAUUGGCGCCAAGACCUUCCUGACGGAAAGGAAGAUCUAA